GAGCGAGAAAGAGAAAGAGAGAGAGAGAGAGAGAGAGAGAGAGAGAGAGAGAGAGAGAGAGAGAGAGGUUGUGAAAAGAGCGGCAGGAGGAGUGGGACUUGCUAUUAGGACACCAGCGCCUCUUAAAUCCAGCCGCUCCUCCUUUUUUACGCAGGAGAUUUGAGGAAACAAACAAAAACAGGAGGAGCAGUGACAGAGAAAAGUAGACUUCCACCUUUUUUAUUUCUUCUCGGCAGGCAGAGGCACUUUGGACACGGAGGCACCGACACCAUGAGGAAGGCUGCGGAUGUUGCGCUGUCUGCGCUGCUCAUCCUGGCGCUGUCGUGCCGGUGCGCCCUCGGCGGCUACGGGAUGAGCCUGUUCGCGGCGCAGACCUCCCCGCCGGACCCCUGCUACGACGAGCACGGCAACCCGCGCCGAUGCAUCCCGGACUUCGUCAACUCCGCCUUCGGGAAGGAGGUGAAGGUGUCCAGCACCUGUGGGAAGACGCCCGGCCGCUACUGCGUGGUCACAUCCGCGGAGAAGGGAGACGAGAGGACCAGGAACUGUCACUCCUGCGACGCCUCGGACCCCAAAAAGUACCAUCCUCCGGCGUACCUGACGGACCUCAACAACCCGCACAACCUCACCUGCUGGCAGUCCGAGAACUUCAUCCAGUUCCCGCUGAACGUCAGCCUCACCCUGUCCCUCGGGAAGAAGUUUGAGGUCACCUACGUGAGCCUGCAGUUCUGCUCGCCCCGACCCGAAUCCAUGGCCAUUUUCAAGUCCAUGGAUUACGGUAAAACGUGGGUACCCUUCCAAUUUUACUCGACCCAGUGCCGGAAGAUGUACAACAAGCCCAACAGGGCCGUGAUCACGAAGCAGAACGAGCAGGAGGCCGUGUGCACGGACUCCCACACCGACAUGUACCCCCUGACCGGCGGGCUCAUCGCCUUCAGCACGCUGGACGGGAGACCGUCAGCGCACGACUUCGACAACUCCCCGGUGCUGCAGGACUGGGUGACGGCCACGGACAUCAAGGUCAUCUUCAGCCGGCUGCACACGUUCGGCGACGAGAACGAGGACGACUCGGAGCUGGCCCGGGACUCGUACUUCUACGCCGUGUCGGACCUGCAGGUCGGCGGGAGGUGCAAGUGCAACGGGCACGCGUCCCGGUGCGUAAAGGACAGGGACGGGAGCCUGGUGUGCGAGUGCAAGCACAACACUGCCGGGCCGGAGUGCGACAGGUGCAAACCGUUCCACUACGACCGACCGUGGCAGAGAGCCACAGCCCGGGAGGCCAACGAGUGUGUGGCCUGCAACUGCAACCUUCACGCCCGGCGGUGCCGUUUCAACAUGGAGCUGUACAAGCUGUCGGGGAGGAAGAGCGGAGGAGUCUGCCUCAACUGUCGCCACAACACGGCCGGUCGCCACUGCCACUACUGCAAGGAGGGCUACUACCGAGACCUGUCCAAACCCAUCUCCCACAGGAAGGCCUGCAAAGCAUGUGAUUGCCAUCCCGUGGGUGCCGCUGGCAAAACCUGUAACCAAACCACAGGACAAUGUCCCUGUAAAGACGGCGUGACUGGUAUCACGUGCAACCGCUGUGCUAAAGGCUACCAGCAGAGCCGCUCGCCCAUUGCCCCCUGCAUAAAGAUCCCGGUCGCUCCUCCUACGACUCCGUCCAGCAGCGUCGAGGAGCCGUCAGACUGUGACUCUUAUUGCAAGGCAUCUAAAGGCAAACUGAAAAUCAACAUGAAGAAGUACUGCAAGAAAGAUUACGCCGUCCAGGUGCACAUCCUGAAGGCGGACAAGGCCGGAGAGUGGUGGAAGUUCACCGUCAACGUCAUCUCCGUCUACAAGCAGGGCGAGAGCCGCAUCCGCCGCGGGGACCAGUUCCUGUGGGUCCGCGCCAAGGACGUGGCCUGCAAGUGUCCCAAGAUCAGGCCGGGGAAGAAGUACCUGCUGCUGGGGAACGACGAGGACUCCCCCGGCCAGGGCGGCGUGGUGGCGGACAAAGGCAGCCUGGUCAUCCAGUGGAGGGACACGUGGGCGCGCCGGCUCAGGAAGUUCCAGCAGCGGGAGAAGAAAGGCAAGUGCAAGAAGCCAUAGGCGGGAAAAGUGCCGGGAGAGGAAUGAGAAAUUUCAAGAGAAAAUCGAAGCAGGUGAUUUAAGAAUAAAAUAAAAUGAAAAGACGAAAAAGAAGAGGGACGGACAGAGGAACACGGACAGAGAAGAGACCGAUUAUGUUGCUGCUUUUUUGUGUAGAAGCAUGAAGAGAAUUAUUUAGGAUGAUUUGUCUUUUCCUAGUGAACUUUUGUUGAAGGAGCUCACCUUGCAGAUUUGGUUUGAUGGUUUAUUUUACUUUGAGAUUUGUCUCUCUUGUGGAUUUGCCGAAUUUUGCACCUAUUACCAGUAUAUAAAGUUAUUUUGCGUUUGUUUUUUAUUUUGUUAUCUCGGUUAUGAAAUCAUUAUAUUUUUAUGUUUUAGAUUUUAUGGACAUUUUCUGCUGGUGCAAAAAUGACACAUGAAAAAAACAACACUUAACAACCACUGCAGAUUGGCCUCUGUGUGGUUUUCUCCUUGUAUCUUUAGCUGAGAAGCAGCUGGUUUAACCUUAAGUCUUCACUGAGCUAAAUGAGUCAGAACUAUUUCUCAGAACUGUGCCAUAAGGACGAUUGUAGCAGUGAUUGGUCGAAUCAUUUAAGCGGUUAAUUUGAUUCCCUUUGAAUUCAGGUACAUCAGCAACUGAAGAAACAAGAAAUGUUCUGUUGCUGUAGGUUUUUAUUUGUCAAGAGAAUUUUAGAAUUUGGAGUUGACAGAAAAAACACAUAGUAUUGACUAAAGUAUAUAUGAACUGACUGAUUUUUAAGAUAUUUGUAAUCUCUUAUCUGCCCCCUUCCGAGGUCACUGGUAAAUUUUUAGGUGUCCGGUAUUUUUAAAUCCCUGCACGUAAACUCUUUUUAAUUUGAGACUGUAACAACCAGUUCUCUGACUGGUGCCACUGAUGUUACUUAUAUAAAAAUGAUGCUAUUUUUGGAGGACCAAAUCUAUUUAAAAUCACUGAUUUCAACUUAAUUCCUUAAAAUAAAUGUGGUAUUUAAAAAAUUUAUUUCACAACUUACAAACGGAAAAACAGGCCAAAUUUAUUAUCACAAAUACUAUAUACAUUACAGAAUUACAAGUUGUUCAUCGGUAGAUCUAAUAGAAACUAAUAAUAAUAAUAAUAAUAAUAACAAUAAUAGUAAUAAUGCAAAGAAUUUUUUCUUAAGUGGCCACAACAAAUAUAGUAUUUUUUUUAGGGGGGAAUAUUUUGCUUUGUUUAACACACAAAGACAAGAGCUGUGAACGUUACACCAGGUAGGCAACUGUGGAUGUGAAUGCCGCAUUGGAAUUGUUCCGGUGGAACGCUGAGCUGCAGCUGCAGGUGGUGCACGUCCUCAGUACUGACAGUACAGACAAAGACGUGCACAGAGUGCGUCACAAGUGCAACAAUGCAGAUGUUUGUAUGAUUAGUGUCUGAAGUGUUGUUUUUUUAUUACGAGCUCAUGAUAAACUCUGUUUACUAUGUGUAAAAAAGCAUCUUUAAAGACAAAGUAGGAUCUGUAUCCUUUUAACUGACCUCUGCCUCUCACUAAGGAGACAGAAUGUGGAUGCUUGUCAAACUCAAAAUCUGAGAAGGUGUACUUUAAUGUGGAACAUGAGUAAAAUAUUAAUUUAAACGUAACCAAUGCAGAUUGUGGGAGGCUAUGAGAAUAGGCCUCAUGAAAAGAUAAAUAAUGUCCUUACCUCAUCUCGUGCAAAACAGAAAAAUGAAAACUCAUAAAGAAAAGCACUCAAAAAGACUUAUUUAAAAUCACGAAUCAAGACGCAUUUAUAAAACCCACCACCCACCGACGCAAAUUCAUCUGGAGUCAUUCCUACGGUACUUUGAGAUCGUAGAUAACGAGUAUUUUUUCUUUUUUUUUUACCAUCCAAACAUUCUUCUGCAAACACA